AGCUUCAACUUGAUCAACGUCUACAAAGACCAUCGUCGUCGCUUGUUUCCACCACCGUCAUCAUCAAUCACCAUAUCCAACAUGACUUACUCGCGCAACCUCGCCGUGGAAAACCAGGCUGCCCUGGACCACUUCAUUCAAUCUCCCGUCUCACCGGAUAUGAUUGCUUAUCUUGCUCAAAAAGCAUCGCAAGUCAUUCGCUGCGAAGCACCAUCAUCAGCACAUCUCAACAAGAACCUGCCCCCAACACCACCCGCUUCUCCAUCACAGCACUCCACCUCCCCCCGGGAACCUUCACUACCAUCCCUGGAGGAGUUCAUCACCUCACUAGUCGAGAGAUCACAUGUCCAAGUCCCUACUCUCAUGUCCUCGCUCGUCUACCUUAGCCGGUUAAGAGCUCGUCUUCCUCCUGUUGCCAAGGGCAUGCGCUGCACUGUCCACAGAAUCUUCCUGGCUUCCCUUAUCCUCGCCGCCAAGAACCUCAACGACUCGUCCCCCAAGAACAAGCACUGGGCUAGGUACAGUGCUGUUCGCGGCUACGACAACUUUGGCUUCUCCAUCACCGAGGUCAACCUCAUGGAGAAGCAGCUCCUGUUCCUGCUCGACUGGGAUCUGCGCAUCGAGAACGACGACCUCCACUACCACCUCGAGCCCUUCCUGGCUCCUAUCCGCAUCUGGCAGGCUCGUCAAGCCGAGAAGGCUAGGAUUGCUGAGCGCGAGCGAGAAAUUGCCCGCCAACAGUACAGCCUGACCUCGGAGAACCUUAGCAGGUCCCGCUUGGACUCUUACGACUCCUUUUCCAACUACGCCAUCGACCAGAGGCGGGGGUACCACACGCCAUCUCACUCUCGUGCACCAUCAAGAACGCCAUCGCUUUCCCCGCCCACCACGCGCAGCUCUUCGGUAUCAACGUCAUCUGACUCUCCUAGGAGUAUCAUCGAGGAGAGCAGGGGUGCUGUCGUACGCCGCUACGAUGCCGAGCGUGGCGCCAUGGUCGUGGAUAUUGAUGCAUCUCACUCGCACCACAAGCUCCAGCACUCUCUCCCGCUGUACGACGAAAAGCCAGCCAAGAAGGCCAAAACUACUACAGCAGGUGGCUUCUUCAACCGCAUGUUGGGCCAGUACGCCACCCGCCAGACUUCCUACUAA